GCCACCAGUAUGCAUGGAUGCUAAGAUUGGCCUCUCAUCUGCGGUCAGCAUCUAAACAAGAUGGUUGGUAUUUGGAGUCCGAGCGGGCUACACUGCAUACCUGUUGCAGCUGUGCCGACCUUGUUUUCAAAGGGGGGGCAUUGUGAACUGACAUUUUGUGGGGGACCUUCACAGAUGUGUUGUGGGAACGAGAUCAUCACUUCCAAAUCACUUCUCUGCCUUUCAAACUGCCGUGUGUCCAGUAUCUGUGGAAACUGCCCAAUAGUGGGAUGGUAUCGACACAACCUACAUGAAUCAUUUAGGCGCACCCCUCAUUCGAGAGAAUAUAGGAAUAGUUGUGACGGGUCCCCUAUGGCCAGUGGAAGCUAUUUGAAACUAUUUGAUAGUCUGGAAGUAGUAGGUGGAGAUCCAGGUCGGAGAGCUAUUCUUGCACUAUUUAACCUCCCACCCUUCUCUUCAUCCAUACGAUCAUGGACCUGUCUUCUUUACUCAAACAUAUCCACAACCACCUGCUAGCAGUGACUCACUCAGUCACUCCACUCGACUUCGCAGCAGUCAUUGCUGCCAUCUGGGCACUUAGUGGUGCCGUUCGAGCUGUUCAAGGUUCCUUCAAGACUACUAGACUUCGCGGACCACCCGGAGCCGACUUCAUAUUUGGCGCAUCUAAGCAAAUUGCCCAAUCACCAGAUACCGGAGCAUUAUACGAAGCUUGGACCAAGAAAUAUGGUGCAGCUUACGUUGUCCCCACUACCCUAGGUGGCAAGAAGAUCAUGCUAUGUGACCCAAGGGGACUUGCACACUUCUUUUCCAGAGAAUCAUGGACGUAUGUAUUCACUGAUUCGACCAGAUUGUUCUAUGAACAGACCUUUGGACGGGGGGUACUGUGGGCAGAAGGGGAAGACCACAAGAGGCAACGCAAGGCGCUGGCGCCCGCGUUCAGCCAGGGUGCUGUAAGGAAUCUCACUCCUAUUUUUUACAAUUGUGCUCACAAGGCGAAAUCCACAUGGGAAGCCACGAUUGAUGCUGGCGGAGGAGAUAGUGCUGUCAUCGAAGUCCAGAGUUGGAUGAACCAUAUUUCACUUGAUGGGAUCGGGCUUGCAGGAUUCUCUCAUGAUUUCGGUGCUCUCGACGGCAAAUCAUCUUCAGUAACCAAGGUGUUGGACACAUUUGUGGCGUCCCCCAAACGAUCGGCCCUGAGUGUUGGUCUCCUCUUGCUCGGACGAGUAUUUCCUGUCCUGGGUUACGCACCGACAGCGAGGACUAACCUACUGGGUGAGCUGCAAAGAUGUAUGGAAGAUAUCUCUAUGGAAUUGCUAGCAAAGGUGAAGAAGGAGAAGGAAGAAGGAGUUCUUGAUGAGAAAGAGAAGUCGAUCAUUGGAGUGCUGUUGAAAGCCAACGACUCGAACUCUGACAUUUAUCUGACUCACGCAGAGGUUCUGGCACAAAUGAGAGGUCUACUUAUAGUUGGUUACGAAACGAUGUCUAUUACUUUGACAUGGGCAUUACUUGAGCUGGCUGGGAACCCCGACAUACAAAACAAGUUACGACAGGAACUCGUGAUGUUUGGUGAAGAACCGACGUAUGAUCAGUUGCAAAGCAGUCUACCGUACCUUGACGCUGUGUUGCAUGAAACCUUGCGAGUUCAUCCUGCUCUGAUAGACAUCGUUCGUGUGGCAACGGAGGAUGACAUUAUCCCGCUCUCAGAACCCCUCAUCACUGAGUCUGGCGAAGUUGUCAAUAGCAUCACCGUGGCUCGUGGCACUCAUAUUGGUAUACCUGUCUCCUGUGUCAACAGAUCUACCAGACUAUGGGGAGAAGAUGCAAUGGAUUUCCGUCCGGAACGGUGGCUGGAAAAAGAUGGUAUUCCGAAGAAGGCGCAGGAUAUUCAGGCAUACCGACACAUAUUGACGUUUAUGGAAGGGCCAAGGAUUUGCGUUGGCAAGGGCUUUGCGCUGACUGAGUUCAAGGCGGUUAUGUCGGUGUUAGUGAGGAAUUUUGUUUUUGAGAUGAGAGACGGACCCGAUACGAGAGUGGAACUUAGCAGAGGAUUGCUGCUUAGGCCCAGGAUAGUUGGGGAACAGGGCAUUAACGUGCCAUUGCGUGUGCACCGGUACGAAGGAUGA